AUGCAAUCCUCUCCCGAUUCACCGGAGAGCGAGGGGCGGGUGACGACGGCCAAGUCUUGUCGAGCGAGAGACGGGCGAUCAGACAAAGAUGGCGGCUUCGACGCCGAGCAGUGGCGGCCAGAGGCGAUUGCUAAGGGCGGAGGCUUUGAUGACUACGCCGCGGAGAGAGCAGCUCGAGGCGGGGCGGAGCUCGAAAUUUGUGGGCGUCUUGGCGUUCUGGUUCCUUCCGUCAACCAGGCCACAGCGAGUAGCGACUGGAGCUGGGCCACGGUGCGGGCGGGCUGGGCUGCCCCAGGUGGCGUACAGUGGCCAGAGGGCUGGCGAGGCACGGUCGCGGGCUGGGAUCAGUCAAUGGACGGAGGGUGGGGUGGGACGCACCACCAGCGACCUCCUGAAAACACGGCCACAAGACGUUGCGCGCAGGACCGCCCAAACAGGAAGGGUCGGCCAAAACCCCCUCCCCAUUCCCCACUGGCACCGGCCAAGCAGGGGUGA